AUGAAGUCCUUGAAUCUCCUCGUGGCCUUGAUCGGUCUAUAUAUCAACCCCGUCUCAGCAGGGUGCUUCCGUAGCGGCGCCAAAUGGGAAGACCGCGAGGUUGCACGUCAGCAUGCCCUCGACGUUUGCAUAGGCGACGGCGCUGUUUUCGACCGCCGUUGGAUUCAGGGUGGCAAAAUUGUCAAGAAGUGCAUUCAGCAGUCUCCCACGCAAAGAAUUGAGUUCUCGGUCGGAAACAACGAGUUCCUUACUGCCUGGGGUCUUGAUCCCGAUCUCUGCGUUAAGGGGUUCCAUAAUGUCAUCAAUCGUUGCUCUCGUGGAGGGGCCAUGGAUGCAUGGGUUUGGACUUUUAGAGCCGACCCAAAUAAGGGCACCUGCGAAGAAGCUCGGCCAUGA